CAAAUAAAUAAAGGACUUAUUAAGAUGUGAAGAAAUAAACAACCGGAACAAAUUUACAAGUACAAAAUGUCAAAUUGGAUUGGUUAGAGAUGUGCACGUAUGCGUAAAAUUGCAACAACACUUUUGUUAUCGAAUAUUGAUGCUUGUCGCAUUAAUUUGGGUUAUAAUAAACUUGUCUGUGACAUCACUUUGGACAAAUCCGAGCUGGGCAUCGAAUGUGAUGGCUUCAAUUUCGAGAACACAACGCUGGGCGCAACAGCCGCAGAUGCAGCGCUCUCCUUCAACUCGGUGGGCUUCAACUACACUGUGUGCAAAGCUGAAGUCGAAGCGCAGAAAUUAGCAAAUGAUGUGUCUGGAAAACGCGCACCAAUUGCUGCUAUCUUUCCUUUUAUUGUGUUACUUUUUGCUGGCGGCUUUGCUGAUCGUUACAAUAAGCGCAAGCCAUGCAUGAUUAUGCCCAUUAUCGGCGAACUGCUUUCCUUCAUAUCAUCAUCGUUUAAUUUUUGCGGCAAUCUUCUUCGACGCACUACCAAUGGAAUUUGGUGCAUAUUGUGAGGCGAUCGUGCCGGCUUUAUUUGGUGGACUUACGUUUUGUUUAAUGGCUAUUUACAGUUAUAUAACAAUAGCGACACCUGAGAAAGAUCGCAUAUUUCGAUUCGGCAUAUUUGCGAUAUUCGUGAACGCUGUACUGUUAAUUGGUCAACCAAUAAGCGGUUUUCUAUUUCAGAAACUCGGUUAUAUAUUUUCGUUUGUAAUGGCCGCAUCAUUUGAAAUCAUUGCCAUACUCUACAUAGUUUUCUUUAUAAAAGAAGUACGUUACUGUGAAUGGGAAUCGCUAUCGCUGUGAUAACCGAAUGUUUUUGGCACGAAUUGGAUGAUAAGGACUUGGACAAUAUGUAGUACCAACAGGACGGCGCCAUAAGCCACACAGCGAAUGUCACAAUCGAUUUUCAUUUAUGUACAGUGGAACUUCUUUAACUCGAAUCAUCAUAAUAUACAAAAAAAACUUCGAGUUAUAGAAUUUUCAUUAAAACAUAAAAUUUUUCAAAAAUCGACGUCUGUAUCUCAUGCCUUUGUUACACGAUUUAUUAAAUCUAUAAGUGUAAUAUAUUUUUUUGAUCGCCUAUGAAAUUUGAUUUCUAAACGCUAUUGCCAAUCCAAAAGUUUGAAUUAUGGAGAUCUUUGACUUAUAGGAGUUCGAGUUAUGGAAGUUCCACUGUAUAUAUUAUUUAUAUUUAUCGAUAGUAGAAUUUCGAUUAGAAACUUGUAAAGUGCAUCUUAAUUUUUUGUUUUGACAUUUUGUGAUGAUUAGGGUAUCCACAACAAAAUAUUUGAAAUUUAUAGAUUUAACGUAUUUUAUAAUAAAUUAAUUAGUAAGUGAUAACUAAAAUAAUAAUAUAAUUUCAGUAAAUUCGUUAAUACUCAUGUUGUAAUGGUGACUUACGAGUGUUGUAUUUAAAAUAUUUUUUUAAAAGUGGUGAAAAUAUAUUUUCCCAUAGAAUUAAUUUUACCAUUAAGUUCUAAUUGUUGAAAUUCACAGAUUUCACAUAUUAUUAAUAGGAUUGAUUCUGCUCUCAACGAAUGAACCGUAUUUUUAUUGAGUUUUUAUUUGAUGAUGAAUAGUGGAACUUCUUUCGUCCAUUUAAUCGACAUACAAAUUAAUACUAAACCAACGAACUAUGAAGAGAUAAUUUUAUCACAUCAGUGUAUAACAAAUAAAAACCUGUAUAUAAUUAUUUGUUGAUGAAUUUUGGUAACAGUGUAGAUAAUAUACAAAUAAAGAAUAAUUAAAAAAAA